ACGAACCACUGAGCGGUGCGGCGGAGACAUUAGACUGGUAGAGGAUAGCAACAAUGGAUAAUGAGAAGGAAACGUAUUUACAAGAUGACUAAAAUGUAUGUCGUUUACCCUGUGUAGAAUUAAUAGCCUAUGGAUAUUUGGCGGCAAAAACUAUUUCCAACCAGUAUCAACAAAAAGUUUAAACUAGGCUAAAUAGCAUCAAAAAAGGAGAGUAGGCUAUGGAGCAGCUAGGUGGCGCUUGGCUGGAUACAAGUGCCCCUUUCCCGGAUGAGAUGCGGAUUUCAGUCCGGAAUGCGACAUCGAUGGCGGAGGCUCGGCUCAACUUGUCCCCCCGAACUAAACUGGUUCUGGAGGUCCUGAUGGUGUUGAUGUGUCUCGGCGCAGUCACAGGUAACAUCCUGGUGAUUGUGAUAGUGGCGGCCACCAAGACCUUCCACUGCGUGACAUCAGUGCUCAUUAUGAACCUGGCCAUCAGUGACCUGUUGGUCGGGGUUGGAGUCAUGCCCUUCAUAGCUCUCUCCAUCAUGAACAACGGAUGGGUCGACUGUACUGACCUGUGUCUGUAUGUGGGGUACACCUCCUCAGUCUACUGUACAGCCUCAGUCCUGACCCUGGCAGCCAUCGCCCUGGACCGCUACCACUCUAUCAUGGACUGUCUGCGCUACAGUUCCCACUGUACCCUAUGGAGGAAGUGUGCUGUGGUGCUGUGGAUCUGGCUCCAGGCCCUGGUCACCAGCUGUCCUCCUCUGCUGGGCUGGAGCACUGUGUCCUACAUGGCUCCCAUGUACAGCUGUGCGGUGAACUGGAAGAGCAGUCCCAGCUACACAGCCUUCAUGGCUGCCCUGUCCUUCCUCAUGCCUGCUGCAGUAAUCCUCUUCUGUUACGUCAUCAUCGUCCGUGUAGCCCGGAGCCACGCCAGGAGGAUCCACAACCUGGAAGACCAGCUCCAGAGAAACACUGGAAUGCCGAGCUCCUCCUUCCCGACCGAGAGUACUUCUGAGGGGACUAGUCCGAGGUGUCUAGGUGCCCACGGUCCUUCCACCUCCAGGCUGGUGUAUCAUCUGAGUGGGCGGUUUGUAUCGGAGACCCAUGGAGAGGUUGGGGACGAGGUUCCUUCAGGGUCAGAUCAUACUGCUGGAGCUCCACAGACCUCCAACCACCCAGACUCUACCUCCAGCUCCAAUGCUGCAUCCCGGAGACUGUUCUCCUUCCUGGCCCAACACGCCCCCCAUGGCCACCCCCAUCCGCCCCACCAGAACUCCAACUCCAAUCACCUCCACCACCACGGGGUUGUACGUCUCUUCCUGGUUAUCGCCGCCUUCUUCCUGUGUUGGACUCCAUAUAUAAGCGUUGCACUAGUCCAGGCCACGGAGACCGCCCUAUCGUGUAAGUCCUCCUUAGUCCCGCCCUCAGCGGUUACCUUCUCUUAUUGGUUGGUUCUGUUGAACUCAGAUAUCAAUCCUCUGCUGUAUGCUCUGCUCAGUCAGAGGUUCCAGGGGGCUCUGCGGUGCCUGAAGCAGAAGAUCAGAGUGCGUCUUGGGGGGAACGUGGUGGGGAGUGGGGGAGUCGAGACCAGGGGGGAGGGAGAGGAGGGGAGGAGCAGUGAACCAUGUGACCCAUGUACUCUGACUUCCGUCCAUCCCCGCCCCCAGUGGCCCCGCCCCCAUCCUGGCCUAGUAUGUUCUGGACCUGGGUCUAACAUCCACAACCCACCUGUAGGAGAGGGUCUGAGACGGGCCUACUGCUCUUCCGUCUUCACAGUUGACUCCAACUUCUCGGACAGCUCCAGGGAGCGUGUGUGUGGUGUGUUCCGCCCCGGUAGCUCCGCCUCUUCCUCCACCUCCACCUCCUCCUGCCCCCUGUGGCAGGACUCAGUUGGAGGAGGUGGGGAGAGGAGUUCAAACAGGAGGUUGGAGUGCCUGCAGGUCCCCACCAGGACAGCAGAGGGCAGCAGUCUGACGUUCUCUGCAGCCACCAGAGACAGACAGGCAACCUUCUUCUAUGGACAGAUCACAGUGAGGGUAGAGCAUGAUGUAUGCUAGUCGGAGCGGAUUAAGAUCUUUAUGAACCAUCCAUCUGUCGUUGAUCAAGGCACUUAACCCCGAAUGAAACGUCUCCAGGAGUGCUGUACUAUGACUUACUCCAACCUCAGAGGACGUGGGGUAAAACAGAAGACUAACAGCUCGAUCCAAUCAGAUCCGCUUUAGCCGACAUCAGCAUAGCAGUUGUUUUGAUGGUGUCAGAGGCAGAAAGAACUGCGUUAGAGCUGUCAAAUCCACAAGUGGCUCCCGGCAUUAUACCUAUUGCAGACAUUGCCAUUGGCUGCACAGAGUCUAUACAGUCUUGUUUGAAUAGUGGAAUGUGAGAUGUAAUCUACACCUCCAUUAGGAACACUGGAAUGUGAGUUGUAAUCUACACCUCCAUUAGAAACACUGGAAUGUGAGAUGUAAUCUACACCUCCAUUAGAAACACUGGAAUGUGAGAUGUAAUCUACACCUUCAUUAGAAACACUGGAAUGUGAGAUGUAAUCUACACCUCCAUUAGGAUGAUAGAAAUUCCCCUUUUUUUGGUUAAAUUAGUUUUUUAUUUGAAAAUAAUUGUUUCAGGGAGCUGAACUUCUAACAUGAGUGUGGCUUCUUGACAAGCAGCUGCGCUCCCCUGUGUAAAUUACAUCUGUUAUACUGUCUUGUUCCUUUGUAAAUUACAUCUGUUAUACUGUCUUGUUCCUUUGUAAAUUACAUCUGUUAUACUGUCUAGUACCUUUGUAAAUUACAUCUGUUAUACUGUCUUGUUCCUUUGUAAAUUAAAUCUGUUAUAUUGUCUAGUUCCUUUGUAAAUUAAAUCUGUUAUACUGUCUUGUUCCUUUGUAAAUUAAAUCUGUUAUACUGUCUUGUUCCUUUGUAAAUUAAAUCUGUUAUACUGUCUUGUUCCUUUGUAAAUUAAAUCUGUUAUACUGUCUUGUUCCUUUGUAAAUUAAAUCUGUUAUACUGUCUAGUUCCUUUGUAAAUUAAAUCUGUUAUACUGUCUAGUACCUUUGUAAAUUAAAUCUGUUAUACUGUCUUGUUCCUUUGUAAAUUAAAUCUGUUAUACUGUCUUAUUCCUUUGUAAAUUACAUCUGUUAUACUGUCUUGUUCCUUUGUAAAUUACAUCUGUUAUACUGUCUA